GUAGACCGCUCCAGGAUUUAGGCCCUGUGAGAAAUCUCCAUGCACAAACAAGGACUGGAUCUCAACAGCUUAUGGUAACAGAAUUCAAUUUGCAAGUGUUUUAUUAAACUGCUCUUCCUUUCCAGCUCAUUUGCACAGUAGGAUAUCAGGGAAAAUCUUGUGACCCUGAAGAGUAACAACCGUGAAGGUUUUCUUUCGAAAUGUGGAUGUUUCAAGCACUGAAUAUGGGACCUGCCAUAACAUUUCUGCUGCUGAUUUGGAUGCCAUUGUUUACUGUGUCCCAUCAAGCAGAAUUGGAGCUUGCUACAAACUAUUUAAAGCGGUAUGGCUAUUUGUCUACAUCACUUCUUCCUUCUCAAGAGCAAGAAUCACAGUUGGAGUUAAUAACUGAGGCACUGAGAAUAUUCCAGAAUGUGACAGACCUACCAGUCACAGGGAGCUUGGACAACGCCACGCUAGCCAUGAUGAAAAAGCCACGUUGUGGUGUUCAGGACCCUUUUAACAACAACUUUAAAUAUCGAAUUCUAGGUUAUUGGCGUAAGAAGAAGCUGACUUACCGUGUUUAUAACUACGCCCCUGGAUUGGGAAUGGCUCAAACACGGGCGGCCAUAAAAGCAGCGUUCAGGUACUGGAGUGAUGUUGCACCUCUUCAGUUCUAUGAGGUCACUGAAGGAAAUGCUGACAUCAGAAUGUCCUUCCACAAGAGAGACAAUAUCUGUCCUGUGCCAUUUGAUGGACCAGGAGCUGUUUUGGCUCAUGCUGAAAGUCCAGAAUCUGGCAUAGUGCACUUUGAUGCAGAGGAACUAUGGACUGAGGGCCGAAGCUACGGAGCAAAUCUGCGAAUAGUAGCAACUCAUGAGAUAGGUCACGCUCUGGGUUUAGACCACUCACAGUAUUCCAGUGCUGUCAUGGGCCCUGUGUAUACUGGAUACCAUGACGACUUUAAGCUCCACCCUGAUGAUAUUCACGGGAUCCAGGCACUGUAUGGAAAACCAGUGGAACAACCUGAAAUUAGCUCCACCUCACCUCCCCCUGAUCCUUGCAAUGCCUCAUUGGAUGCUAUAAUGUUGGGGCCGUUCCACAAGACGUUUGCAUUCAGCAGAGAGUAUGUAUGGACAAUAUCAGAUGAGGGCUAUAACACACCAAUACGUAUUAGCAUCCUGUGGAAAGAACUGCCUGGUUAUUUAAAUGCUGCUGUGCAUUCACAAAGAACCAACAAGUCCUAUUUCCUUAAAGGUGAUAAAGUGUGGAGGUAUUCCGGCUUUAAGUUGGACCAUGGUUAUCCCAAACUGCUUGCUAUCCCUCCAAACAUCGAGGCAGCCUUUUACUCCCAUAGCAGUAAAAAACUCAUUUUUAUCAAGGGUUCGGACUACUGGCAGUGGGAUGAACUGGGCUCCCGUGAUGAACUACAACAAUUUCCUAAACCCAUCUCCAAUCUCAUCCAAGGGCUGCCAUCCAAUCCAGAUGCAGCAUUUACCUGGAAUAAUGGUCACAUUUACGUUAUUAAAGGAGACCAGUACUGGCGUGUGAACCCCAGAGGAAUUAUCGAGAAGGCUUACCCACUAAGCAUGAGAGAGCGCUGGAUGCAGUGCUACCACUAACUCACACACAACAAAACAGUCAUGAUUUAACCUACACUUAGCAUUAAGCCCUUUGAGUCGGAGAUUUAGAACAUGAAAUACAUAUACAAUAUUAUGUUAUAUUAUAAUAGGAAAAUAUACUAAGAAUUUCUGUGCUGAAUUUACUUACUAUGUCCAUUUAUCCAGAGCCUUCCUCUACUAAUGCAAGCACAAAUCUUAGACACAGGAUUUCUGUGUUGGAACGAGUGUAGGUCUCAUUCUGUUUAAAAAUGAUAAUUAUAACACAUCCUGUUUUGAAUUCCACCUUUAUCAAUUGUUUGUACUUGCAGAGCAAAAAUGCUUACCAGUGAUAGACAUAAUCAAGCUCAGUUGUUUUUAAUAUACACAAAAGGCCACCAGUGACUGUGAAUCUCACAAGUGCUAUAAAAUUUUAGUUAAUGAUGCAC